AUGAUUGCCCUCGGAUUUUCUCGAGUCGUGUUUGUGAUCUGCUGCGCAUUGAGCACAGUGAGCAAUUCAUGGGAUCUUAGCGAGGAGCACAAACCUGAGGGUGCUCUAGGUGUGAGGCUUGAUUACUACCUAGCGACUUCCUGGCCGACACCAUUGUUGAAGAAGGGCGUUCAAAAUAAACGAGCUUUCGCAUGGAGCAGCCAUCUCAAAUUCGACACAGACGUCAGCAAGCUUGAUGACGCACAGCUCUGGCAAAUGGCAUAUGAUGGAUACGCGGAGAUGAAAGAGGAUAUGAAGCUCUACAGUGUCGGCAAAAAAGGCGACCAACCCAGCGCCAUGACUGUUCUUGCUGUUGGCAAAGAGAUAUUUCUCGCUUCUUCAAUGAAGCAUUCGGGUAAUUUUGCUUUCGAGUAUCCGCCGACAAAGGUUUCCAGGAUUCUUGAACAAUGCCAAAUUACUUUCAAUGAAGCUGGUGGCGAAGGUGAUGCAGGGCACAAAAACAACGCGGAUUGUGCCGAGGUGAUGAGUGCUCAAAUGUACUUCACUACAGACCAGGGCGAAAACACUUCCUUGAAAGAUCGGAAUGCAAGAAUUUGCACAGUCGUCUGGGAUCAUAAGUUGAAGAAACUGCAAAACAGAGAUCCGUGUGGAGACAUGCCAAAAUCAUGGGGCUGCAACUUGUUUGUCAAUCAGCUGGGUUUGAUAGUGCUGGACAAAUCUAUAGAACCCGAGCCGUAUAAUUUGAACGAGAUCAUGGGCAAGCCGGUCAUUGACCAGAUCCCGUUAUGCGCUUCGGCUAACACGGGCCUGGUCAGCCGGUAG